AUGGGUCGGGGCGCUGCUUGCAUCCUCUGGAGUCUCCCGAGUUGGGAAAUCGUCGCAGCCACGGGACACUUUCUGGAGAAAGCUACCGUGGAUGAGGCCGAAUACUCUGGACUAGUCAAAGGCAUGCAACUCGCUCUAGACAUGGGGGCCAGGAACUGGUUGUGGUCGGGGACUCCCGACUCGCAAUACAGCAGCUCCAGGGCAGAUUUCAACGCUGCUGUCGACUACAUCUCCAAGCGAGUCAUCCAGGACCAGUCAUCAUUGGAGGUCGCGGACCCCGGGGAACGCAAGUUGCUCCAAGGCUUGAAUCGGAUCCACGCAAAACUGAUGAAGGACCCGAGCCCCCGGGAACAGUCGCUGAUGGAGUGCGCGUUCCUAGCCACAGCUUGGAAUAUACCCAAGUGCUCCCCAACAGGUUCAAGAGGCGACGAAUUCGCGGUGACGCGCUCGAAGUCCAAACAGGCCAAGGCUGCAGAGAAGUCGGGUCCGGGGAACCGGGAUCGACGACUCUGGAACCGACGAGACGAGCUGACAGCCUUAUCCCGGAGCCCAGACUGCCAAGACUCUAAAGAAGACCUCGACGACGUCCGCAGAGAACGAUGGAGAAGGAUUUGCUCUCACCAGGUACACGACCUGGGGCUAGCGCCUUUGGUAAGGUUUCUCCGGGGCGAGACUGAGCACUUGUCCCUGAAACAAACGACACACUUGGCCAAAAUAGCGGACCAGUUUGUAUUGGAUUCCCGGGACGCCCUGUUCUAUGUGAGUCGGAGCACCCCGGAACGUCCCCGAGACGCCGCAGACCGCCUCCGCCUGGUAGUCCCCCAGGACCUCCAGGAGGACAUCCUGCACCACUGUCACGCAGACUUCCAAGGCGCUCAUCAGGGGAUCAUCCGGACCUAUGAGAGGCUGCGCAAGGAGUUCUACUGGAUCGGCAUGUUCAAGGACACCAAGCGAUAUGUCAAAGAAUGCGUUGACUGCGUCACAGCCAAGGGACUACCCCGGAACCCG